AUGGGUACUCCAGGAGUGAGAUUGAGACUGGAGGUAAAGUACAUCGAUUAUACAGACAUUGAAGUCAUCCUGAAGACGGAUUUCCUGUAUUUUCCUGUGCUGAAAACAAUAUCCAUUAGAAACAGUGAGAAACUGACGGUCAUCGAGGAAGGGGCAUUUUCCAAAAGUCAACUCAUCUUGAUAGAAUUAGAAAAUCUUCCGCUUCAGAUGCCGUUACCCAACAUUUUCGGAGAAUUGCCACGUCUCACCCAACUACAAAUUACACGAUGCAACCUGGAUGCUGUCCCAAAUUUGAUCUCCUGGACUGUGGAUGAAUCACAAGUUCUUCUUAAAGUAGAUUUGUCCUGGAACAACUUGAGGACGCUUGUACCUGGAGCAUUCAAAGGACUGCGAAUUCACAAGCUAAAUCUGGAGAGGAACAACAUUGAAACUGUUCCUGACUAUGCAUUUCGUGGAUCAACGAUAGAGAGUCUGUCUUUGGCGUACAAUCCUAUCUCUGUACUGGAGGAAAAGGCGUUUGCUGAAUUUGAAGGACCCGAAAACCUGUCACUGGAGAAUACGGACAUUAGUUACCUGCCUACAACGGGCCUGAAGUAUCUAAUCGAGCUGAAUAUCGAAGGAACAGACAAACUUGCAGUCUUCCCUCCAAUCUUCCGCUUUGAGCGUAUUCGCGUCGCCAAAUUAAACUACUUCAGUCACUGCUGUGCGUUCAACUACCAGACCAAAGAGAACUAUGGCAAUGUGAACAAACAGAACGUAACCACGAAGAUUAGAACGACGUCGUGCCCUUCGACCACCAUGCCAACAAUCACAUCUCGUGGAAUUGAAGUCAUCGGCUUCGGGGAUGGAGCAUUUGUCCUCUCGGGGACCGACACCACCAUCCAACGUGGCUCGGACAUCGAUGAUUAUGGCCAGUCACUCUUUGGACAGUUUCAGGGCACGAACAUGCAGAAGGAGAGCCUGCCGAAUUCUGCCUUCGAUCCGAGAGAGCUCAAUGGCUCAAUCAUCGAGGAGAGUAUACCGGGACAGAAACCACCGGGUGCGGAAGAGGAGGGCGGCUUCAAUCCGGUAGUCAUCAACCCGAACGUAUCCUACAACCAUAACGGUAGCAAAUGCGAUGGUGAUCUUGUAACAACGGAUUACUCGGACGUGCAGUGCACUCCUCAGCCUAAUGCCUUCCAUCCCUGUACGGAUGUCAUGGGCUAUGUGUUCCUUCGGGUCAUGGUGUGGUUUGUCUCAGGCACAGCACUCGUCGGAAACUUCAUUGUUCUUGUGGUACUUGCCUCGCAACGUCACAAGAUGACCGUCCCAAAGUUCCUCAUGUGUAACCUAUCGCUUGCCGAUUUGUGCAUGGGAUUGUACCUCCUAAUAGUAGCUUCAGUGGAUGUCCACACCGCGGGGGAAUACUUCAAUUAUUCAAUUCAGUGGCAGUACGGAGCUGGGUGCAGUGUGGCAGGGUUUAUAUCUAUGCUAUCGAGCGAACUUUCCGUCUUUUCUCUCACGGUCAUCACUAUUGAACGAUGGUACACCAUCAUCUACGCGAUUGAUCUCAACAAACGCAUACGACUCCGUUUAGCGGGUCGAAUUAUGAUAGUCGGAUGGAUCUUCUCAAUACUGAUAGCUGUCUUGCCUUUGUUCAAGGUUGGAAACUAUGGCAUUACAAGCAUGUGUUUGCCAUUCUACAUUGAGAACAGGAAAGACACCGUUACUAUUGCAUAUGUGGUUGUCAUUCUUUUCGUGAACACUAUUGCUUUUGCUGUUAUUUGCGCAUGCUACGUCAAGAUGUAUCUGACGGUAAGGAAUCCCCAUACUGUCAUGCAGCGCAAGGACUCUAAAGUAGCCAAACGUAUGGCUGUCUUAGUCUUCACAGACUUCGCUUGUUGGGCUCCCAUGGCACUUUUUGGUCUCUCAGGUGCCUUCGGACACCACCUACUUACCACAAACCAAUCGAAAAUCUUUAUAGUGCUUUUCUAUCCUAUAAACUCUUGUGCAAAUCCAUUUCUAUAUGCUAUCUUCACAAAAGCAUUCCGACGUGAUCUGUAUCUUCUGCUCUAUAAACAUGGAAUGUGCGAGAAGCAGGCGAUGAAAUACCAUCCAACGGCGUCGAGCGCUCAGCGCUCAGUUUCACAAAUUAACUCUACUGCACAUGACAAUAGGGUCAAGCAAUACCAUCGAGACUCGUCUGGUUCAGUGCUCACAGGCAUUACCAGCGAUAACCAAUCGUCGGUGGCCUAUGAAAAGGAUUUUAUCUCGAAUUCCAACGGGAGUCCUCAGCACUCAAUGAAAGCAAAUUCAAAUGCGAUUCCAAUGGUUCCCUUUCGCGAAGAGCGGUCGAGGGAUGAAGACGCUCAGCGCCAUCAGUCGAAUGACCGCGAGUCAAAUGACCGCCAGUCAAAUAACCACCAGUCGACAGCAGCAGAGAAGCAUCAGUCGUUUGUCAAACGGGUCAGUGUCACAUUCGAGGUCUCCAUUGAAGGCUUGGAAACCGUGCCUGAAGAAGUCGACCAGAAUGACAACUACGAUGGUCAGUACGAGCCCACUGUCUCAUUCUACCAGCGCGAUACGAGGAACACGAAUGAAGAGAGUUACAAAGAAAAACAUUACCUUUUACCUCAGGUGGUUCAGAGUUACCAUAGUGACGAUGAAGAUGUGCACCCUACGGAAGCUGCCGAGAGGAAUCGCAACAACUGCGGCCUGACCCUCACGCCGCACCAGGAUUACAACCACGCGGCGGACAGUGAAGAUGCCUUCCGUAAGAACAGUCGGGCAGAUAGUGGUAUACAAUCGAACAACACUACGCCUACCGAAAAGGAAGGUACACAGAAGCCGCUUGAGCUGCAUUUGAUCCCUUGUUCCACGGACCAUGAAACAGUUCUUUAAAACUUUGUCAUCUACUUUUCUGUCUUUAACGAACUGUUGAAAAUGAUCGGCACGUCGGUACCCUUGAUGUAAAAAGGAUUGUUGUAAAUAGUGCACAUAUUUAUUUGCUUGUAAGUUUUUAUCUUCAAAUGUACAGUAAUUUUGUGUCUAUAACGAUUCUGAAGUGCAAUGUAUAGUAAAUCACAAAUGGAUUCACCUUCAAAGACAUCCUUGAAACGUCCAGAGGUUGUGACAGGGCCGGAUACUGUCAUUCAACUUCCAUGGAAACGGAGAAAAUGCCCUUGUUUAGUAUAUGCUCAACUAUUCGUCCAGGAACUGACCACAACCUCCUGUUUAAGGUUAUGUGCAUGUCGACAGACCCUUGAUUACGUCACUGUUUCCGACCACAGCAUCAAGAAUUUAUUGAAUUCCCAUGUGAAACAAAAAGAGCAAAAGAUCACAAAUUAAUUUAUCUUCAGAAACAUACUUGGGGCCAAGUUCUGUUGACCGGAAAUCACAUAAGACUAGAGGCCCACGAUACCAAAUGUUCUCAAGGUUUUAAUUUUCUCACUCUAGUAGACGUUCAAACCACUGACCUACCGAAUUGUUUGCAAAGGACCCAUUGGACUAAAUCAAUUGGAAAGUCCUCCUCCUCUCCGACGGUCAUAAUUAUUGACAAUUCAAUUUUCAUACGCAGGGGCGUAAUGAAAGUGAUGGCGCUCUUUGAUUAAGAGACCGUAUGCAUGUGGACUAAGGCUGAGUAACAUGUUUGCAUGUUUUAAGAAAAGAGAAAUGCUGUUGAGAAAUAGGAUUGAGAACUCACUUUUUUGCACAUAGUUAUCAUCUUUGACCUGUCAGCAGGUCUUAUUCAAAAAUGUAAGCAGGCUUACUCUAUUCAUAUUUUGAUAACUGUAUUUUUGAUGUUUUGGUGUAUAUUUGUUCCAUCAAAAUGCCAGAAUAAAAGUAGAUUGUUUUAUCUCUGGUUUCCGGUGGAUCAUCUUUGUAUAUAUAUUUUUUUAAUCGUAUGGUGCAUGCAAUUUUCUUGAUUUAAUCUGGCAAUCGAUGAAUGUAAUAAUUGAUUUUACUAGUAUUCAAAUUGGCAGUGUAUAGAAAGUAUUUUGAAUUUUGUUCGUAAUACAUGUAGUCACAUUAUUGUUGAAUAUUUUGUUUGUGUUGAAAAUAUCAUACGAAAUUGAUAUAUAUGCUGCAAUUUGGAAUGAGAAAGCAUUAGCUAGUGUAUUUCUUAGUCAACGAAAAUGGCCUUGAUGUCAAAUCGCACUCUUCUAUUCGUUUCUUCCAUUUUAAUGCCCGUCUGGCUUGAGUUGUUUGGUGUUGUUUUGCAAAUAGUAGGGUAUUGGACAUACUGUAUGCAUACCUUCAGUUACUGAAUUCUUUAUUAUUUGUGUUAAAUAGCUGGUGUUUGAACUUUGUGUGUUCAGGUGGGGUUAGUGACCUCCAACAUUUCCCUCCUAGUUUUCUGUGUGCAGAUAUUAUAUUCAAGUAUUUGAAAUCCGUAAGAAAGUUGUGAAACUCUGUUACUUUUAUAUAACAUUUAUAUGAUAAAUUGCAAAACGUUAUUAUGGAUUUUGUUAACAGUUUAGUUUAGACUGUUUUGAUAUGUAUCUGUCAUUUCUUAUGCAGAAUUUAAAAGGACCACCAAAUACAACAUUAUUUGUAUUUGGUAUAUUUUUUCAUGACAUUUUUAUGUUUGUUUAUGAUGUGAGCAUCAUAGGACUGUUUCCUUGAUAUGCCAGACAUUGUAUGAAUUAUGAAUUCCUCACAAUUUCUAAAUUUUCCACAUCAUUUUUUGUCAAAACUACGAUUUUUUUUUAAAGAAAACGUUUUUUUUAAUCUAUAGACAAGAUAGAUGAAAUCAGUGUCUUUGAUUUUGAUGAAUCAAACUAGCAUACUUUUAUUUUAAUUUCUAAAUGUACUUUUAUUGACGUGAAAGGCAAGGUAAGAAUCAAAACACACUUGCAGAAAUUGACAAGAUGAUACACAUUAAUGUUGGGGUUUCAUUCACUCAUAUUCAGUCAUAACCUUAAGUUUACUUUAAAUUAAGAUUGAAACUGUUGAAUGCAUAAUUCUCUUCAACAGACCUGAAAAAUACAUAUUUGGACUAGCACGUGAAAUCUGAUUAUGGGAAAUCAAUAUUCGAAUCUCUCCGAGUCGCUCCCGCUUAUUUUUUUUUUUUUGGGGGGGGGGGGUGCUGACCUUAUCAUGGAAGACAUUGUCGUCUGCUUAUCAUCAUGGAUUAUUUAAAAAAAAAAAAAAAAAACGUUCAAAUCUUGGUUGGGACAUGACCAACUUUUUAUGUUGUCGGUCUUUUUCGAAUCCAUUAAUUGUAAAAUGAGACUUUUUUGUUUUGUUUAAAGACUUACAGUGUAUUGAUGAAUGUACAUGAUGAACAAAAGUAUUUUCAUAACUUGGUAAAUGUCUAUUGAAUGCAAUUUUUGCCUAGUAGGCUUACGUUUUCAUCAACAAAAUAUAAAUUCACUGGGUAUAACAUUUUGAAAAAGUUCAUGUCCAUGUAUAUUUUUCCUACGUCAGGGUGCAUGACAAAAAAAAUUCAUUUUAUCUGAUUGAUAGACUUUGAUAUUCACAGUUACAUGUAACUAUGUAAUGAAGUGAGAUAAUUAGUUUUUAAUUUAAUUGGCAUGCUUUUUGUAUUCUUAGAUUAUCUAUGUAUGUUUUGUUUAUUUAUGGUGUUAAAUAAACCUCACCUCUUUAGGCUCUUUCUUGGUUUAGUCAAAGAGUGAAAUAAAACUCCCUUUUUUGCUGAUCAAUAUGGAAGAGGGCGUGUUUAUGAAAGUUGCUUUAAUGACUUUAAAUGAAGCUUUUUUCUUCUUUACAU